AUGACAGCAACAACGAUCGUACUCUGGUGCGUAUUUGUCGUGAUUUUUGACGGUUAUGAUUUGGCAAUUAACGGUGUUGCUUUACCGCUACUGAUGCAAGAAUGGAAUAUGACGGCAGUUCAAGCCGGAAUGCUGGCCAGUACUGCUCUGGCAGGCAUGAUGUUUGGUGCCAUGUUUUUCGGUAUGCUGGCAGAUAAAAUUGGACGAAAAAAUGUCAUUCUGAUUUGUGUAACCUUGUUCAGCGGAUUUACAUUCUGGGGUGGUUUUGCCUCUAAUCCGACUGAAUUCGGUAUCCUGCGUUUUAUUGCAGGCUUAGGUAUUGGCGGUGUAUUACCCAAUCUGAUCAGUCCUGAGCAAAAUGCUACCGCUCGUACCCAGUUUGUACUGAAUGAAGUACACGCACCUGAUGCUUCAAUUGCUGCCCUGUUCAGACAGGGGAGGAGUAUGAGUACUUUAUUAUUCUGGUGCUGCUUCUUUAUGUGUCUGCUGAUGGUUUAUGCAUUGGGUAGCUGGUUACCAAAACUGAUGAUGGCAGCGGGUUAUUCUCUGGGUAACAGUCUGAUGUUCCUGAUGGCCAUGAAUAUUGGCGCAGUGAUUGGAACUAUUGGUGGCGGUAUUCUGGCUGACCGUUUCCAUCUGAAACCGGUCAUUAUUGGUAUGUUCCUGCUAGGUGCAGUUUCACUGGUCGGAUUAGGCUUUAACUCUCCACAAGCCGUGAUCUAUCUACUGGUUGCCGCUGCCGGUGCUUCAGCGAUCGGAAGUAGUAUUCUGCUCUACAGCUUUGUAGCCCAGUACUAUCCACUGUCAAUCCGUUCUACAGGUAUUGGCUGUGCUUCAGCAGUCGGUCGGGUAGGCGCCAUUGUGGGGCCGAUUAUUAUUGGAUUCCUGUUGGGUAUGGAGCUGCCCCACAAGAUGAACUUCCUGGCAGUUGCUAUUCCAGCCAUUAUUGGGGCAAUUUCAGUCGCUCUGAUUGUACGCAAAGAUCUGAACGCGGAAAGAAAUGCGGAAAUCUUACUCUCCAAACAGAAACUGAAUUCGGUUAAAACCUAG